AACUUCUCUUACAGAUGCUCAAAAAUAUGAGCUUUGUCUAUAUACCUGUGAUAAUAAGACAACCCAGUCUGAAUAUGUAAAGUGGAUUAAUAAUAAAUGGGGAGUUAAAGUCAAAGCCAAGUAUUAUAAAUCUGUUAAUUUUCCAGAACUUGAGCUUGCGCUCAAAGAAUUUAUAUUAAUUUACCAAAACCAGACUAUUUUGAGCAAUGCUUUAAUUAUUGAAAAAGCCAAAUUAUUAGCUAAUGAACUAAAAAUUUCUGAAAGCAAGUUACAAUUUUCCCAAGGAUGGCUUCAAAAAUUUAAAGAAAGAAAUAGAAUUCAUCAAAAAAUACUUCAUAGUGAAGAAGGGUCUGCUGAUCAAAAUGCUAUUGUUGAGUCUUUACCAUUACUGUGA